UUGUUUUUUCUUUAGCCAUAGCCUCCAUUCCAAAAAUUCUUCAUCACCUUCAGCCUCCAACUUUUGUAUAGAAUAUCCAUAAAAUUAUAUUUAAAAGGAAAACAGUGCAAGAAGAUUCAAGUCUGGAAAACUCCCAUAUUGGAUAUGAUAAACCUAAUCCUUAACAAUGCCAAAACGAAGUGAAACCUCUCAGCAAUAAUAGUGGUGGUCACUGUAGAGAGAAAAGCACUUUUAUCCUUGCCUAUAAAUUAGUGCCAUUUGAGUGCCAACACAUCUCAGUUUCCUAAUUUCUUCCCAUUCUAUUCCCUAUUCAAGUUCUCCAUCAGAGCUUUGCAAAAUAUGGAUCAGAUAAAGAAUUGGUCUGUUGCCGGUGCAGUAGACUAUAAGGGAUUUCCUGCUGACAGGUCUACGACUGGUGGUUGGGUUCCUGCUGUUUUUAGCUUAGGCAUUGAGAUAUGCGAGCGACUCUCAACAAUGGGAAUAGCAGUGAACCUUGUGACCUAUUUGGGUGGAACAAUGCAUCUUUCAAGUGCUACUUCUGCCAAUAUAGUUACAGACUUCAUGGGUACCUCAUUUAUGCUAUGUUUACUGGGUGGCUUCCUUGCUGACUCCUUUAUAGGCAGAUACACAACAAUUGCAAUAUUUGCCACUGUCCAAACUUUUGGGACCAGCUUAUUGGCUAUAUCAACGAAGCUGCCAGAGCUGCGGCCCCCUCCUUGCCAUGCUGCCCAAGUUACUCAAUGCCAACGAGCUAAUGGAUUUCAAAUGGGAAUUUUAUAUCUUGCCUUGUAUCUAAUUGCACUGGGGACUGGUGGCCUAAAAUCAAGCGUUUCAGGAUUUGGAACCGAUCAGUUUGAUGAGAACGAUGAAAAGGAAAGGACGCAAAUGGCCUACUUCUUUAGUAGGUUCUUCUUUGUCAUCAGUACAGGGACUUUAAUGGCUGUCACAGUGCUUGUUUACAUUCAAGAUGAAGUUGGUCGAAGCUGGGGUUAUGGAAUUUGUUCCAUUUCAAUGUUUAUUGCUAUAGUGAUAUUUUUAUCAGGAACUCGAAAAUAUAGAUACAAGAAAUGUUCAGGAAGUCCUAUAGUUCACAUCGGCCAAGUUGUUGUGGCUGCUGUAAAGAAGAGGAAGAUCGAACUACCUUCUAAUACUGACUCCUUAUAUGAGGACUUCCAUGAAGAUGUGAGAAUCCAGCACACAAAUCAGUUCCGCUGCUUGGACAAGGCCUCUGUUGUGACAAAAGCUGAUUAUGAAAUUGACGGUUCCCAAACUCGCAACCCUUGGGAGCUUUGUUCAGUUACCAGGGUGGAAGAGGUGAAGAUGGCGAUUAGACUACUUCCAAUUUGGGCAACAACAAUCUUAUUUUGGUCCACAUAUGCCCAGAUGAUCACAUUCUCAGUAGAACAAGCUUCCACCAUGGACAGAUUAAUAGGACAUUUUCAAAUUCCAGCUGGUUCCCUCACUGUCUUCUUUGUGGCAGCCAUAUUGCUCACUUUGGGAGUUUAUGAUCGAGUGAUCAUACCACUGUGUAAAAGAUGGAAAGGAAAACCAGGAUUCACCAACCUACAAUUGAUAGCCAUAGGACUCUUCUUGUCAGCUGUUGGAAUGGUAGCUGCGGCCCUAGCAGAGGUCAGACGUCUAUCAGUAGCAAAAGCCUAUGGUACUACCAUGACAACUUUACCGAUCAGUGUUUUCCUUUUGAUCCCACAAUUCUUUUUGGUGGGUGCCGGAGAAGGAUUUAUAUACACUGGUCAGCUAGAUUUCUUCAUCAGUCAAGCACCUAAAGGAAUGAAAACAAUGAGCACUGGCCUUUUCCUUACAACUCUUUCACUUGGGUUCUUUUUUAGUAGCCUUCUGGUUUCCAUUGUGAAGGCUGUAACUGGAAGUAGAGGUAGACAAGGUUGGGUUGGUGAGAACAUAAACAAUGGGAGACUUGAUUGUUUCUAUGGACUUCUAGCUGCAUUAAGCUUCAUUAAUUUUGUAUUAUUUCUUAUUUCUGCAUCAUGGUACAAGCGGAGAACAACUAAACAUGUUCCAGAGAUGGAGAUUAUAGUGAAAGGUUCAUCAGCUGAAGAGAAGCAGUAGGAUUAGCUUUCGGUGCUUGUACAUUAAUAGUUAUGUCAGGGCUUGUAACCCUUUUCAAUUCAAUUUAAGGAUUGUACUGUUUGUUUCCUUGCAAGCUUAUUGUAUCAGAAACGAUAAAAUGCAAAGAGAAAUCAGUAGAAUGGACUGUAAUGUUUGUCAUUAA